GCGCUCAUUGGAAGGUGCCAAGAAGAGCCAUGCUGAUCUGACGGCUCUGAUUUGGCAGAUGCAGCGAGGAAGUGCUUUCACUCUCACGACAUCUGGAUCCAACGGCGGAGAAUUUUUGGGACGGACGCUCCGAAUAAAAGAUCCCCCCAUACUAUUUGAACCCCCUACAAAUGGAACGCGUUCGGUUGGUUAUUUUGAGGAGUAAUGUGGAAUCUUUCACCCUUUCUUCCCCAAGAAAGGCCGGAAGGGGCGUUUGCGCUCGAGAUUUCGGUUGUUUCUUGCUCUUGGACUGUGCUUCUGAGAUAUCAUUGUAUCACUUAAGGUAUGUUCCAAAAAUAAAAUGCAGUUUAAAAGUCUAAUCCAGCCAAGACAUAGUUGCCAUGAGAAAAGGUGAAAUGUUGAUCCAGAGUUCUCAUCCUAAUUGUGUUACCGCAUCAUCAUUGUAUGCACUUGACUAUAGCAACAACAGAACAUGGACUUGCUUGGUUGGUCACAUUCUAACGAAACUGGGAAGAAAUCUGUAACUUGUGAAGUGUGCCCUUUGGAAACCCCCAGAACAUUUACAGUUAUUAGAGAUGAAGAAAGCAAAUCAGCUGGUUCCAGUAUUCUAGAAUUAUCUUCCUGUGCCAAUAUAUCAACAACAAGUGAUAUGCACAUGAGUUUUGUGCAUAAAAUGGAUGGUUAUGUGUACAAACGAAGGAAGUUGCAGAAGAAUGGUGUUGCACUUGUGUCAAAAGAAAAUGUAUCAGAAAGUACUAAAGAAGGCUCCUUUUGCCAUUCUAGUGUAAGUUGUGAGGACAAUUCAUUGUCAGAUAAAAAUGAUAAUCCUCACAGAAAUAAGAAAUUUGCAGAUUUUGGUGGAGCUGUUGAGAAUGGAAAUGUAUUAUCUGAAAGUUAUCACCUGCUAGAUCACAGAACUCCCUUCAUCUCACAGAAAGAUGUUAUUACGGAAGUAAUAUUAGACCCAAAUUGUAUUCCUAAUAAUAGAUCUAUUGGAGAAAACAAAGUACAUACUGAGUCACCUGUCAAGUGCCUUCAGAAAUCGGAAUCAGAUUACAACUCUGGUAUAAAUGACAGAUUUUCAACAUCAAAGUCCAAUAAUAAUCCCAGUUCAUAUUGCAUAAAGAAUGAAGUGGAGACUGGUGAGUGCUCUUCAUUGGAUAAUGUCAUUGCCGAUCCAUUGGGUGAUUUCCAUUCAGCAAAGGAGCUGUGCAUUUUUGUUCUUAGAACUAAUGGUUUACUUAGGGGAGCAUGUGAGAGUGGUGCAUGGGUUUCUCCUGAGGUUCUAGAUCACCAUGAACCCACUUUUCAAUCAUGCAAGAUAUGUUGUCAAUUGGGACAACCAUUGAAGAUGCUAAUUUGUGACCUUUGUGAAGAAGCGUUUCAUGUGUCUUGUUGCAGACCGAAAAUAAGAAAUUUGCCAGUUGAUGAGUGGUUUUGUCAAUCUUGUUUCAGUAAGAAGCCAAAGUCCUUUAUUGAUGAGAAAUCUGGGAAAACAUGUACUUUGGUGGAUGAAUUUCCAGGGCACAGGAGAAGAGUAUCUCAUAGAGUUUUGGACCCUAUAGCAUUCAUGUUGCGAGACGGCCAGCCUUAUACAACUGGGGCUCGCAUCGGGAAAUAUUUUCAAGCGGAAGUUCCUGACUGGUCGGGUCCAAUACCUGAUGGUUUCAAUCCAUAUGGGGAGCCUUCAGAAGUGGAUCCUGCUGAAUACUCUAGUCUCAGUGUAUGGAACAAUUCCAGGCCACCAAAAUCUACUUCUAUUGGUAAUUGGGUUCAAUGUCGAGAAGUUGUAUAUACUGGUGAUGAUGAUGAGGGUACUGUAUGUAGAAAGUGGCGCAGGGCACCAUUGUUUGUAGUUCAAACUGAUGAUUGGGAUUGUUCUUGUGCGGUGGUUUGGGAUGCAAUUCAUGCUGACUGUGCUGUUCCUCAGUUGCAAUGUGGUAACUAGUUGGGAAUGAGCCUGAUUCUAAUGUCAUGCUCCAGGAUAAGUUAACUUGUGGAUCCAUUGUUGAUAUUUGUGUGUUGGUCUGACCACUCAAGCUUAUCUGUCUUGUAAGGUUUCUUUGUUCCAAUUUAUCUCCUCUAUUGAUUGUUAGAUUAUUUUUUCUUUUUUGCAGUUACUGUUUUAUGUUGGUAGUUUUCAUUAGUUUGGCAAUUCCUUCUGCAAAUCCAUUAUUUUUCUCGAGUAACCUUUUCGAAUCAGUUAUACUGUUUACAGUCUCUCAGAUAUUAUGUGCUGUUCUUUCUGAUUUAAUUUUUCCAUCAAAAUCCUGUAUUGCAUCACAACAAUCCUGAUUAAAUUGUUGGAUGUACGAUGAUAAUCUAAUUUACAGACAUAAUGGCAACAUGUUAGAACAUAGAAGAUCUUUCAUUUAUUAAAAAAACGUAGUAAUAAUUUGUUUUUGGUGAACAUGUGCUGAUUUGUUCAUAUUAAUUCUGGAAUUUCUUUUGUUCUUAAAUAGUUGAAAUAUUUCAUUUAGUAAGUGUAUCGAGUGGUUAAUAUACUUCUAUGUAAUUUAUCAGUGAACAAGCACAAACAUUAAAGCACACUUAUCAAUGCAUUUCCUCAGUUGUUGGUUGAUUUUUUUUUUUUAAUGCAGCUGGCUCAUAUGAUAGUGUCUUCUACCCCAAAGAGCCAUAUUAGUUAGCUUAGGUUGUUACAUGGAGCAUUAGGUAAUAGGUUGUUUCUUCAGUAUAAUUUACCUUUACAGGUAAGUAGCCAUGACAGUCUGCAGAAUGUUUGAUAUGCUGUUAUGUUUGCAGACGAAAAUGAGACAGGCUGUCAUCUUUUCUUUUCCUCUGUUGAUAGUGAACUGUUUUGCGAUAUAAUAUUUCCAUUUAUAGCCAUUAUUAUUUUUCAUUUUUAUAGCAUUUGAUUGCAUGAUUACCCUUCAAUUUCUUUGUUAUUUCAUGCUUGUUGUAGUACCUGUUAAUGCGGGAUCUGCUGUUCGUCAAAUCUUUCUCAGCUUUAUGGCAUUUGAUUGUGUGAAAUCACCAAUUUGGACUACUUUGUUUUUAUGCUUUGCUAAAUAUGCUCUCAUAUGUGA